UCCCAAUGUCUCUGGAGUAAAUACGAAAAAAAACCUAAAGCGCUUUGGGCAGUGGCCGGAAGAGGAGCAUCAAGCACAGGUCCCGCACGCCACGGGAAGGAUCUAUUACAGUGAAAAAUUAGGAGCGAGCAGACUGGUGCCUGAGAAGAGAACACAGCUGAAAGCAGAACCUUCUGAAAUCUCCUGGCGUCAACAAGGUAUCACAAUGUGGAAAAAGUCAAAGGUGACCGAUCAGACUGCCGCUGGACAGACUGUCACCGAUACUGAGGGAGGUCACCCAGACGACAAAGGCAUCCGUAAGAAGUCCAAAGUGCCGGGGGUUAUGAUAACACAGUUUCAGGAGGAACUUCCAGAGGGAAUGACAACCCCAGAUUUUUCCCGAAAGCCCAUUGCCAUCACUAUUCAAGAAGGAAAAUGUGCCAUCUUUAAAGGCAUUGUGGUGGGGACUCCAAAGCCCAGUGUAACUUGGACGAGAGCAAAGGGAGAAAUCGUGUUUAACCCCGACACCUGCAGGCAAAAUUACAAUGAAUCAUCACACGAGCAUACUCUUGAGUUUCCCAAGGUGGCCCCAGAGGAUGCAGACACCUACAAGUGUUAUGCAACAAAUGAAUACGGCCGCGCUGUUUGCACUGCCGUCCUGAAUGUUAUUGAGGUUGGAUUCUCUAAAACCAAGGAACUCCAAAAGACAUAUGGGGAUGAUAUACCAGACUUUUUAAAGAGGAAACUUAAAAAACGUCCUACUGAGGAAGCAAAGGAAGAAAAGGCAAUGACACCAGAGGAGAAGGUCUGGGAAAUCCUUCUGAGUGCAGAUAAGAAAGACUACGAGCGCAUCUGCGCAGAACACGGGAUCACCAACUUCCGCGGUAUGCUGAAAAAACUCAAUGACAUGAAGAAGGAGCAAAACGAAGAUAUUGCAGCGUUUGUUUCACACAUGAAUACUCUGAAACACAUUGAUGUCGACGACGACGACUUAGCAACACUGGACUUGGAGGUGGAACUCAAGGAUAGUAAAGUAUUUCUUUACAAGGACGGCUCCAUGGUCCCGUUCACAAAAGAAGAAUGUGAGGAAAAAAAGCAUUCUUUGAAGCAAGUUGGCAAAAAACAUACUUUCACGAUGAAUAAUCAAGAUGUUGAUGUGGAGGGGGUCAGUGUGUUCGCCGCAGACUUUAAAGUACCCGAUGUCGACUUUGCUCUUAAAAUCCAAGAGGUCAAGGCAGAAGAGCGAGAAGAUGCACUCUUUAUUUGUGUCCUGACCGCACCUCUGCAUGAGAUCAAGUGGUUUGGUAAAAAUGCUCUGCUGUCCAAUGGUGAAAAGCACGAAAUCAGUGUUUCUGAAGACAAGCUCAUCCACAAGUUGAUCGUGCGCGACUGUUUGCCUUUGGAUGCUGGCAUUUACGCUGCUGUGGCAGGAAUCAAAUCGUGCAACGCCUGGCUUGUGGUUGAAGCGGACAAAGACGGUAGCAGCAAAGGGAAGAAAGCAGCUCGUAAAAGUACCAUGGCUGGAGUUGGGAAUGACGAAGACCUACUAAGAAUAGCCAAGGAGCAGCAGGAAAGAUAUCAGAAAGAAAUGGAGGAGAAGCUGGAGAUCGCCAAGAAGAGUCAAGCAGAGCGGGAUGCUGCAGAUGAAGCCGCCCGGCUGGAAGCACAGGCAGCUAGAAAGGCGGCCGCCGACGCCAAGGCUGAGGCCAAGGCUGCUGCCAAAGCUGCUGCCAAGGCAAAGAAGGCAGAAUCCAGCAAAGAUGAACCCAUUAGGAGAGCGUCGAGUGCAGGACAGAGAAAGGCUUCUGUUGCUGAUGGUGAAGCUGGGGCAAAAGAACCGAGCGAAGACAACGAAGAAGUUGGAGAAAAUUCCUUAUUUAUGGAAUCAGUUGUGGUAGAUGAAGUAAAAGAUGAAGAAGAAAGAAAGAAAAAACAUGAGGUUGAAGGAAAAGAUCAUGGUGAGGAAACUGCAAAGCAAAAAAGUGGCAAAAAGUCUGGAAAAAAAGAAAAACAUCUCAAAGUGAAAUUUGCAGACGGCGAAGAUGCUGCUGUUGGAAAUUAUCAUGGUGAGGAAACAGCUGCGCAAAAAAGUGGCAAAAAGUCUGUGAGAAAAGAAAACACAAACAGACCCACAGUGAAAAGUGCAGACAGUGAAGAUGCUGUUGUUGGAAAUGAUCACAGUGAGGAAAAGGAAAAGCAAAAAAGUGGGAAAAAGUCUGGGAAAAAAGAAAAACAUUCUAAAGACAGUGAAGAUGCUGAUGUUGGAAAUGAUCAUGGUGAGGAAACCACAGAGCAAAAUAGUGGAAAGUCUGGGCAAACAGAAAACGGCUCCAGUGAGAAAAUUGUGAACAGAAAAGAUGAUGAUGAUGAUGAUGAAGAUGUUCAAAUUUCUGACGACAAAGAUGAUGAUGAUGAUGACAUUGCAGGAAGUGAUGAAAGUGACGAGGAGGUGGAAGAGCAGCCAGCAGUUGGCAAGCGCGUUAGAGUACGGCAAGGCCCAUUGAUUGAGGAGACAGUUAUUGCCAUCGGAGCUCAACAGGAGGGCAUUUCACCUUACCCAGGUGUUCACUUCCACAUUGGACUUUCCGACUGCAAGGCCAUCACUGGGGAAGCGGCCGAGCUGAUGUGUAAACUCAGCAGCGAGGACUGUGAGGGAAUCUGGUACAAAGAUGGCGAAGAGAUCAAGUCUACCGAGGGUAUUACUGUUUCCAAAGAAGGAAGUUUCCAUAAGCUGAAAAUUCACAAAGCCACGGAUGAUGACGCCGGGAAGUAUAAGUUUGAAGCAGAUGGACGGAAGACAGAGGCCUUGAUUGUAGUGGAAGAUCCACCAAGAUUUGAUCCAGAGGAACUGAAAACAUUUAUCGUACCAGUAACCGUGAAAAAGGGACACAAGGCCACCUUCAAAUUACCCUACAGGGGCAGGGAGCCUAUCAAAGUUCAGUGGUACCUGGAGGGGGAAGAGCUUUCAGAUGAAGCAAACAUCAAGAUCGAGACAUCGGAUGGUUGCACCCGCCUGCUGCUCAUCAAGCUGCAGCGCAAAGACAGCGGCGAAGUCAAGUUAAAGCUAAAAAAUGAGUUUGGGACUGUUGAAGCCCUCAGUGAACUUAUUGUUAUGGAUAAACCAACUCCUCCAAUGGGACCUCUGGAGGUUGUCGAAGCCUCCUCUUCUGCGAUUGAGUUCAAGUGGAGACCCCCAAAAGAUAGUGGCGGCUGCAAGAUUGGCAACUACAUCCUGGAGAGGCAGCAAAUUGGCCGUAAUACCUGGAAGAAGGUUGGGCCCAUCGGUCCAGAAGCCAAAUACAGGGACCUUGAUGUAGAUCACGGCCGCAGGUACUGUUAUCGCAUCAGGGUGGAGACUGAAAUGGGCACCAGUGAGCUGAUGGAAACAGAGGAUAUUCAAGCUGGGACAAAAGCAUACCCUGGACCUCCAUCAGCACCAAAGGUUGUCAGCGCCUUCAAGGACUGCAUCAACCUGUCCUGGUCCCCUCCUGCUAACACCGGAGGAACCAAUAUCCUCGGCUACAACCUUGAGAAACGCAAGAAGGGCAGCAAUCUGUGGGGUCAGGUAAACCCGCCAGAGGAGAUGAUCAGAGCUAAAGGAUUUGCUGUAAAAGAUGUCGUAGAGGGAAUGGAAUACGAAUUUCGUGUGUCAGCUAUCAAUAACUCAGGAGCGGGUGAAUUCAGUACACCUUCUGAGUUUGUGUUUGCCAGAGACCCUAAAAAGCCUCCUGGAAAGGUCCUCGAUUUGAAAGUGACCGAUUCCACAUACACAACUCUAUCACUGUCUUGGAACAAGCCCAAGGACAUUGAAGGGGUCGAGGAUGAAGCCAAGGGAUACUUUGUGGAGAUCCGUCCCGCGGAGAACACGGACUGGAAUCGCUGCAAUUCUACCGUAUUAACCACAAAUUUCUACACAGUGAAAGGCAUGAAGUCAAUGGCCAUGUACUGGGUGAGAGUCAUUGCUAUGAACGAUGGCGGGGAGGGAGAACCACAGGAACUGGACAACUAUGUCCUCGCUAUGCCUCCUCCUGUGAGACCACGCUUCACGGAUGCCAAAAUCAAGAGCUUCAUGGUGGUGAGAGCAGGAAAUUCAGCGCGAUUCACCAUGAACUUUGAGGCCUCUCCUUGGCCUGAGGUCACAUGGCUGAAGGAUGGUGUGCCGGUCUCUAAAAAGGUGACAAUAAGUAAUGCAGAAGGCACAUCGCAGCUUCUGAUCCCUUCUGCUGAGCGCUCUGACUCCGGAAUCUACACUAUAGUUGUCAAGAACAUUGUUGGCCAAGAAACGUUCAGUAUUGAAAUAAGAGUCACAGAUGAGCCAAAACCACCAGGUCCAGUGGAGAUUGAAGAAAACGUGCCAGGCACAGUGACCGUUUCGUGGACACCGUCUCCAGAUGAGAAACGUGAUGAUAGGCUGCACUACAUGGUGACAAAGAGGGAUUCCAGCAAACGAACAUGGCACACUGUGGCAGAUCACAUCUUCAACAAUAAAUUCACAGCUUGCAAUAUAAUGCCUGGCAGAGAGUAUCAGUUCCGUGUCUACGCAAAGAAUGACAUGGGCUCCUCCAAACCCUCUGAAUCACCCAAGUGGCUGAUCACCAACAAAAAAGAGAGAUUCACUGUGAAUAUGCCUGAAUCCAAGGCCUGCGAUCUCCAGUGCCCCCCAAAGUUCCUUGUCCCACUCAAAAUGCACACAGCUCCUCAGGGAUAUGAAUGCUACAUGAGCUGCGCUUUGAAGGGUGAUCCAAUGCCUCAUGUUACAUGGCUCCGCAACAACAUCAGUCUCAAUACCAACACUAACUACUACAUCUCCAACACCUGUGGAGUCUGCUCUUUGCUCAUAUUGAGGGUCGGACCUAAAGACACUGGAGAGUACAAGGUUGUUGCAGAAAAUGCUAUGGGAACAGCAGAGUGCUCCACCAAGUUGACAGUAAGGGAGUAAAAAAAAAUGUGAUGAAGAUGGAGGACAUGUUACAUUUCUGGUCCUGUGUGAUCCUCCUGAAUCCUUGAAUUAUUACUUCAUAUUUAUUUACAAUAAAGUAUUAUGGAAAAAAAUGUUAUUUUGAUUACUCUAAAAUUGUAUUACAAAUAUAUAUUUUAAAAAGAUGACAAAUGUAUGCAUGCCUUACCAGAAAAAUUACAGUCCAAAAUGAAAAAUGCAGUUCCAAUCUAAUAAUUAGUUAAUUCUUUAAAUAAAUGUAUUAAUGUUAACUAUGGUUUAAAUAAAGCUUGAGAAAUGUCUUCUGAUUGGCUAAAUUCUGC